AUGGCUACAAUGUUUGUAUAUUGUUUUAUUUUAUUUAAUUUCAUCGCGGCUAACGAACUCAUAAUUGAUUUAACAAACGUUUCAAAUGUGAAUAAUAAUAAUAAUAAUAAUGAAACGUAUAAAUCCGAUUACGAAUUACUAUCGGCUGUGAUUUAUAAUAAUAAUAAUAAUAAUACGUCGUCGUCGUCGUUGGAUAAAAUAAAAGAAUAUGAAAAAAUCGACGAAUAUAAUUUACGUGUUUCGACGACGACGACGACGACGACGACGAGUGUCGCCGAUAUUAUACCAUCUGAAAAAGAAUAUAAACAUCCAUGCGAGAGACCUUGCAAAAAAGGCAAGUUAAUGACAUGUAAAUAUAAUUUCGUAAUAGAAUAUUACAGUGUUAUGGGUAAAGGUUGCGUAGAUUGUCCUUUUAACAAAAGUCAUUGUUCUUUGAAAAAUUGCAUACCCGGAGAUGGAAUUAAAAGAACCGUACUCGUUGUUAACCGUCAAAUGCCCGGUCCGAGAAUUGACGUUUGUCACGGUGACACCGUAGAGGUCAAAGUAACAAAUAAAUUGAUGGAUAUAAGCACGACAAUACACUGGCAUGGGAUAUUGCAAAAGGAAACGCCGUACAUGGACGGUGUACCACACGUAUCCCAAUGUCCUAUAGGACCCCAAUCAUCCUUUUUGUAUAAAUUUUAUGCCGACUCUCCGGGUACGCACAUUUGGCACGCACAUUCCGCUUUUCAAAGAGGAGAUGGUAUUUACGGUGGUUUAGUAGUUAGAGUUCCGCCGGAGGAAAAUCGUCAUUUGUCAUUGUACGAUUUUGAAUUAUCCGAACACGUGUUUACCGUUAUGGAUUGGACGCAUACAUUUUCCGCUGAUAAAUUUUCACUUCAUAUACACGGUGCAAAAGACAAUCAACCUUCGACCCUUUUAAUCAAUGGAAAAGGUCGUUUUAAAAAAUUUCAAACGGAUAAUAAUAUUACUUAUACGACACCCGUGGAAAUAUUUACCGUUAAACAAGGGUAUCGCUACAGAUUUCGUUUAAUGAAUACAGGUUUUUUAAAUUGUCCGAUUGAAAUGUCCAUCGAUGAACACAACAUAACCGUUAUUUCUUCGGAUGGAGAAGAUUUACAACCCGUCGAAACGGUUUCGCUGGUGUCACUCGCUGGAGAAAGAUUUGAUUUCGUCGUUGAAGCAAAUAACAAAAAAAUCGAUAAUUACUGGAUAAGAUUUAAAGGUUUAUUAGAUUGCAAAUUUAAAGAAGCUUAUCAAACGGCCAUACUCCAUUACGAUGGGGCAGAUAUUGAUAAAGAACCUGAUGGCAUUGUAACAUACAAAACGGCAAAUCGUACAGGUUUGCAAGUCAAUAAAGUUAACAGUAGAGGCGGUCAUGAAAAUUAUUUAAUAAUAUCCGAAUUAUCCAGUCUUCCAGAUAAAUAUCAAGAUCCAGCAUUAAAACCCGAACCGGAUUUUCGUUUUUAUAUUCCUUUUGAUUUUUAUCCAUUAGAUUCGGAUUACGAAUAUGGACCUUAUAGAUUUCCAGGUACUCAAAGACCUGGAACUCCGCAAUUAAAUCACAUAUCAAUGGAAUUCCCAUCUUUUCCGAUAAUGACGGAUUUGGAAAAGAGUAAACAUUUAAAAUUUUGUAAUUAUUCAUCCGUUAGCAUGGAGUGUCGUUUUAAACAUUGUCAAUGCAUACACGUUUUACAAGUUCCUAUUGAUUCCGUUGUCGAAAUCGUACUCAUAGACGAAGGUCUUCCAUACGAUGCAAAUCAUCCUUUUCAUUUACACGGUAUUAAAUUUAGAGUUUUGGGAAUGGAUCGUUUGGGUAAUAAUACGUCAGAGGAUUUAGUUAGAAGAUUAGAUAAAGAGGGAUUACUCAAACGAAAUUUUAUUAAUCCACCGAUUAAAGACACUGUAACGACACCCGAUGGUGGAUAUUCGAUUCUACGAUUUCACGCAAUUAAUCCAGGUUAUUGGAUGUUUCACUGUCACAUCGACUUUCACGUUGAAAUGGGUAUGGUGCUCCUUUUUAAAGUAGGCGAUGAAUCCAUGUUUAAAUUACCACCGGAUAAUUUUCCAAAAUGUGGUGAUUACGUUCCCACACCGGAAAUUUUAAAUGAAAAUCAAGCACAAUUUUUUCCAAAAUUUUCAUUUCCUAAUGGUAAAGACUAUUAUAUGGUACACACAUCCAAAGGUUAUUCCGAAAUAAUCAAUAAUAAUAAUAAUAAUGCAUUUUCCUUAUCAAUAUGUCUUCUCUUAUCACUAUUAUUAAUACAUAAUGUAUAA